AUGGACUACGAGUCUGGCAACGGCUCUCAAUUCUCCUUCAGAACCGUUGAGUCCCCUCCAGACGAACAUGGCCGCGUCAGCGAGUAUACGUCUGUCUCCGCAUACGUCGACAAUGUGGCCUACACCGGCAAGCUGGAUCAGCAUCCGGACGAAGUGGACGAAGGAGAACUCUUGAACUCAUUGGAGCCAGUGCCUGUCGAGUGCAUCCACCCUCUCUUCCAGCAGGAGUUUACCAAGGCGCCACCGUACGACCCGGAAGUGCAUUACCUCAAGUCGCCUUCGUUUACGUACGACGACUGCCAGCCAGGCAAGACGUUCGUGGCAGAAUGCGUCUUGAAUGAGGUCAAGGCACUGGAGCUGAUCAGGAAGCAUCCUCAUCCUAAUCUUGUGAAAUACUAUGGCUGCGUAGUGAGAGACGGCCGCAUCACCGCCCUCUGCCUGCACAGGUAUCCUGACACCAUGGUGGAUUAUGCCUAUUGCGGGAUCUCUGGAGCACGAGCAAGCAUGUUUGCGUACAACAUUGAGAACGGAAUUCAUCAUCUCCACUCGCUGGGCCUGGCUCACAACGAUAUCAAUGAAUCAAACAUCUGUGUUGACGAGCAUGAGCAAGCCGUCAUCGUUGACUUCGAUAGCUGCUUGCCGUUCGGAGAACCGCUCAUGAAAGGGACUAGUGCUUGUGCGGACCUGGACGCCUGGGUCUCUAGCAAGGAGAAUGAUCUUGACUAUGGCUUGACCACCAUAGAGGAGUUCCUGCCCGUCGAAACCAGAAAGCAGAAGGCUGAUGCUGAGGCUGAGAUGGCAGAUGAGUUAUCAUCUUGA